AUGUUCCCGAAAUUGGAAUACACAAUCGAGGGACUCGAACCGACUCACGCUUAUGGCCUUGUUCUUCAGAUUGAGCAAGUCGAUGACAAUAGAUACAAGUUCUCUGGUGGUGAAUGGAGUGCCGCUGGUCGUGGAGAGAGUGGCGGAGUUUCGAAGAACGUCAUGCACCAUGACGGUGUCAUGCCUGGUGCACACUGGAUGCGUCAAGCGGUGAAUUUCGAACGCGUCAAGAUCACCAACAACUUCAGCGACAUCAAUCCAAGCCAU